AUGGUUAUGGUUUCUGCUUUCAUCUUCUUUGGCUUUCUUCUUGGUGUGGUUGUUGUUGUUGGUGUUGAAUUUCUUGCUUUCUUGUGGAUCCUUAAACGACUGCGUUGCAAGAUUAACAGUGAUAGAGACAAAAUUUCAUCAAUAACCCGAAUUGGUAGUAGUAAUAGUUCAAAAUUUGAUGAUUCUCAAAAUUGUUUCAAAAAAGAGAUUGUUCAUGUCAUUGAUAUUGGAUUUCGGUUUGGCUUUGGCUUUCUUCAGGGCGUGGUUUGGGUUUUAGAACCAGAAAAGGUUUCAAAGUACUUUAUGGAAAGAGCAUCAAAAGAGGUGAAAAAGAAAAAAGAACUUUUUGAGGCUUCUCCUGUUAGGAAGUAUGGUAAAAUCAAACAUCAGUCACUCGUUCUCACUGAACCUGAUGGCUUGGAUACAACCAUUCAACUCAAGGGAUGCAUUGUUGAAGCUGUUUCUGCCACAAGCCUUCCUACAAAAAAAUGGGCAAAAAAGUUCCCUAUCAAAGUCGAAAACAAGACCUCUGUGAUAUACCAUGGAAGCAAAACUCUUUACGUAUAUCUUGAGACUUCAUCCGAGAAAGAGGCAUGGUGUAAGGCCCUUCGAAUGGCCUCAUGCAAUGAGAGAGGAAAACUCAAAUGGUUUUCCCAAUUGCAAGAAGAGUUUCGUAGUUAUCUGACAUUGUUAAAUACUGAAUAUCAUUCUUAUAUGAAACCGUCAUUAGGAACAGGUGUUGAGGUAAUAGAAAAGGCUACUAAGACGGAUGGCUCUUCCUCAAAGGUCCGUCAAUUUUUGAAAAAAAUUACAAGAAAAAGUUCGCGUGUUGGUUUAGAUAGCAAAUCAGGUUCGACGUCGUUGUCAGGCCGUGAAGAUAAAAAGAAAGCUGACAAGCUUCGUGCUUGUCAAGAUGCAGUUUUAGCCACUAGCUACAUGAAAAAUGCUGGAGCAGCUAAUCAUCUGAAAAGUGCAAUGUCAGACGAUGCUCCACUAUCAUCUUCAACAUUGUCUCAUUCAGGAAGCCAAUCUUCAACAUUGUCUCAUUCAGGAAGCCAAAGUCAAUAUUCAACAUUGUCUCAUUCAGGAAGCCAAAAUCAAUUUUCAACAUUGUCUCAUUCAAGAAGCCUAAGUCAAUUUUCUCUCUGUUCUGACACCGAUGAAAAGUUUGGUAUCGGUGAAGGAACAUUAUGUUGGAAUUUGUUGAUUUCCCGACUCUUUUUUGAUAUCAAAGGCAAUGAGGAAAUGAAGAAAUCUGUACAAGAAAGAAUUCAGAGGACAUUGUCUAACACGAGAACUCCUGCUUAUGUUGGUGAAGUCGUCUGUACAGACAUCAACUUGGGGAACGUUCCACCCUGUAUCAUUGGGAUGAGGGUUCUUCCGAUGGAAAUGAGUGAGGUAUGCGCCUUAGAGGUUGACAUUGAAUAUUCUGGAAGUGCAAUAUUAGAAAUUGAAACAAGGCUAGAAGUCCGUGAACUAGAGAAGGAAGGCUCAAAUCCCGAGUCAAGCAACGUUGGGUCUGUUCCAUCAGAUAUUCUUCAAGAUUUUGGAUAUUUUGAUAAGCAGUUAGGUCUUGCCGAAGGAACGAAAGAUUUGCAAGAGCCUAAAGAAGAUGGUGACUUGAAGCAAUUAGGUCUUGCAGAAGGAAUGAAUGAUAAGCAAUUAAACGCGCCAAAGAAGUUUAAGAGCCACACACCUUCUUCAAGAUGGAAAUCUAUGUUAAAUUCUGUUGCCAAGCAUGUUUCACAGGUUCCUAUCUCGUUGGCAAUAAGGGUAGCAUCCCUUAAAGGGACAUUGCGGUUUCUAAUAAAGCCACCACCUUCCGAUCAACUGUGGUAUGGUUUCACAUUUAUGCCUGAUAUAGACUUAAGCUUGGAAUCAUCUGUUGGAGAACACAAGAUUACUAAUACUCACAUUGCAAUGUUCCUAAUCAGUCGACUCAAGGCAGCGAUUCGGGACACGCUAGUGCUCCCAAAUAGUGAAAACAUAAACAUUCAAUGGAUGCUAGCAGAAAAAGAUGAUUGGGUUCCUCGUAGUGUUGCUCCGUUUAUAUGGAUCCACCCAGAAUCCGGGAGUGAAACUUCAAAUUCAAUUGAUACUGUUGGGAAAGCCCACCCAACAGAUACCAGUAAUGAAGCUAGUGCAAGGACUUCAACUGAUGGUUCGGAACUGAAACAACAAAAAUUUAGGAAUAGCAAUACUAGGAAAUUAGAUUCUCUCACAAUUUCUUCGUUGUCUUCUAUUUCAGAAGCAUUAAGGAAUAGCAAAAGUUUGGAUGAAUAUAUGAAACCUUUAUUAGAAAGUGGCCAACAAGAAGAAACUAGUGACUUGAAAGAUCUUUGUACGCCUUUAAUAGAAAGUGGCCGUGAAGAAGCUAGUGAAGAGAAGAGGGAUGAUGUUUCUGGUUGCAGUUCACCUUCGAAUAGUGUGGUGCCGGACAGAUCAAGCAGUCCGACUUCGAUUCAACAGGAUGAUUCAAAGCCGAAGAAAAUUGGAAAAAAGGAAAGGAUGUUUGAUUUGCGAAGGAAAAUGAGCGAGAAAUUUGAAGAAAAGAAGCGGAACAUUGAAGAAAAGGGUCGGCACAUUGUUGAAAAGAUGAGAGCUUCUGAGAAAUGA